CCACGUCACGGGCAAGGUGCUCUAACACGGAGAAGAGGGCUCGACCGGUUGCAGCCGUUGGAGUUAAAGCCCCUCCAUCAACGCGCCACCGCCGCUUGCCGGGUAUUAAAUCAAUCAUGUCCUGGGUUAGACCACCUGCCACAAGGAUGGAGCAACGAGAGGGCGGCAAGGCGCUUUGCAGCGACGGGCUCGUUUGGAUAGACAUGGAGCUGACAGGCCUGAACCUGGAAACCGACCGCAUCAUGGAGGUGGCUUGUGUGGUGACUGACAGGGAUCUCAACCCACUCUCAAGGGGGCUGAACCUGGUGUUGCACCAGUCAGACGACAUUCUUGAGGAGAUGGGGGACUGGUGCAAGGAGCAACACGGAAAGUCAGGCCUAACCCAGAAAUGCCGUGAGAGCCGUCUGACGGUCAAGGAGGCGGAAGACCAGCUAUGCGCGCAUGUUGAGGGUCUGGUGACACCUGGCCAGUGUCCACUCGCCGGCAGCACAGUUUACGUGGACCGUCGCUUCUUGCAGCGAGACAUGCCUCGACUGGAUGCCUUGCUUCACUACCGCAUUGUGGAUGUCAGCACCGUCAAGGAGCUAGCAAGGCGGUGGUUCAGAGACGAGUAUUACCAAGCCCUGAGGCUGAAAACAGCAUCCCACAGGGCCAUGCCAGACAUCCUGGAGAGCAUAGAAGAGCUAAGGUUCUACCGGAAGAAGAUAUUCCUAGGAAAAGAUCACAGUAGUGCCAUCAAGGGAGAACCAAAUGUUUAUAGCUAACAAAUUAUUGCGCCAUUCACACUGUCAUCAUCAUCUCAAAAAGAAAAUAAAAAACCUGGUUGGCCGGCUUCAGUUUGAGUUAGCCGUAGUUUUGUUCCCCACUUCCGGCUCACUGAAA